CGUGUCUCAAGUGCGUAUCUGCGUUCAGCACAGAACUGAUAAAACACAUAUGAUCGGCGGUAAUCGAGCAACGUAAUCAUUUUGAAAAGAAUCGUUGUCAGCUAUUCUUAUCUCACGUUAAGGAUAUCUUGUCUUAUUUACAGACUUUUACUAUUACCGAAGUACAAUAAAUUUGGCGAGUAAUAUGGUUGGAAUGACGCAAAGACCCUGGACACCAACAAAAAGACGAGGCCCGAUUGCCGCCGAAUAUAGCAGUCCAGGACCAGCCUGUGUAACUUUACCAUCGUUAAUAGGAAAAACAGUUACAGAUUCUAAACGAGGAAGAGCACCAGCAUUCUCCUUCGGCAGCAGGCAUGCAGCGAAAAAUAAUAGCUCUGGACCUGGUCCUGGGCAAUAUAAUGUCACUGGGCUUAGCGCAAAAGGAAAAGAUGCCGCACCAGCCGUGUCGCUAUAUGGUCGAACGAAAUCAACGAAAUUCGAAAUUACACCAGCACCAGGCGAUUACAAUCCGUUAAAGGCGGAGAAGAUAAUUCUGGAUAGCUCACCAAAAUAUUCUUUCGGCGUUAAAACGCAAAUCGAGAAGAUCAGCUGUACACCCGCUCCAGGUACUUAUCAUCCCGAAAAAAUGAGAAUGGAUAAAGCACCGCAGUUCACGUUCGGACUUAGAACGUCGCUCGAUAAGCCGAGCGACACGCCAGCACCCGGAACAUACAGCCCAGAGAAGGUGAAUUUGGAAAAGGGCCCGCAGUACAGUUUAACUGGCAAAAGCCAAAUAGAGAAAUGCAAUGGUACACCAGCGCCAGGUGCGUAUUGUCCCGAGAAAGUAAAAUUGGACUCAUCACCAAAGUUCAGUUUUGGAUUAAAGCUUGCUGUGGAGAAACCGAAUGAUACACCAGCACCAGGUACUUAUAGCCCAGAAAAAGUGAAUUUAGACAAAGGUCCGCAGUACAGUUUGAGUGGUAAAGGAUCCGCUGAAAAACCUUUAGAUACGCCAGCGCCUGGAACGUAUUCUCCGGAAAAAGUAAGAUUAGAUAAUACACCGCAAUAUAGUUUCGGAAUUAGACAUACCCUGGAUAAACUCAGUGAUACACCAGCACCUGGAACUUACAGUCCAGAGAAAGUAAACUUAGAUAAAGGGCCACAAUAUAGUUUAGCUGGCAAAGGGCCUGCAGAGAAAUUUAUUGAUACUCCAGCGCCUGGAACUUAUAGCCCAGAGAAGGUAAAUUUGGACAAAGGACCGCAAUACAGUUUAACUGGCAAAGGAUCCAUUUCGAAAACUAAUGAUAUUCCUGCACCUGGCACAUACAGCCCUGAAAAAGUAAAUUUGGACAAAGGACCGCAGUAUAGUUUAGCCGGAAAAGGAAUGCCGGAAAAAUUAAACGACAAUCCAGGCCCUGCUGAUUAUAAACCAGAGAAAGCUCUAAAUCUGGAACAUAAACCUUAUUACAGUUUUGGUGAUAGAAAAACUUCGGAUAAACCUAAAGAUACACCAGCUCCCGGUACAUACAGUCCUGAAAAAAUAAACAUGUCUAAGUCGCCGCAAUAUAGUUUUGGCAUUAAAACUGAGAUUUGUGAGAAAAACACUAUACCAGGUCCUGGCGAAUACAAUCCAGAAAAGACAAUGCUUUUGUUGGAAAAAGCGUUGCAAUUUACUUUCGGUCUUAAACCGCCCUUGAACAGAUCAAACGAUGUUCCAGCACCCAAUAUCUAUAACAUUCCUUCUGCCCUCGGCGGAACUAAAGAAGGUAAUAAGAAAGCAGCACCUGCCUAUUCAAUAUCCGGUAGGCAAAAAGUCUUUACGGACGAUCGUGUUCUCGUACCUGGACCAGGUGCAUACGAGUGCAUUAAACCAGAUACAAUCAGAAUGAAAAGUCCAGCAUAUAGCAUGAGUGCGCGUUUUUCUCUGCCCGACGAUCACUCGCAGAUCCCAGGACCUGGAGCACACUGCCCGGAAAAGGUGCUUCUCGACAUUCCCCCUGCGCAUACAUUUGGCAUCAGGCAUUCACCCUAUAUUUGUAAUUUGAAGGAUGCAGUUUGUUAAUUCAGCAAUUAGUAAUAAUUAGUAAUUUAUCAACUAAACAUAGUCUUUUCCAUUAUUUGACAGAAUCAAUUAACAAAUUUUAACAAUCAAGUUUGUUUUUUUUUUCUUUUUAUUUCUUUGCUGUAUUAAUUAUUAUUAAUUCUGUAGAAAAAUGUUGAUAGAAUAAAAAAAUAUAUGCUUAUAAUUAGAUAUAAUUAUCUUUUAUAAUUAUGCUACACAACAAAAAAUUUAAAUAUAUAUGAGUUAAAUAUAUAUCGUACACUGAAAUUACAAAUAAAUCUAAGAUAAUACAAUAUAUACAUAGUAUGAACAUUUCGAUAUUAUUUACUUGUGUAGCAGUUAAUUUGUCAUAUAUCAACUAAUAUAAAAAAACUUUGUGCAAUAUAAUACGUAAUAAAGGAGGAUGUUAAGGUUUGUUUGUUUCUUUGCUAAAAAAUUUCGAAAUAUAUAAAUUAUAAUA